GUAAAAGAAAAAAAAAGAGGAGAUGCGCGAAGAUCAACUGAGUUCGUUCACUAUACGUGUGCCUAGAGGUAGCUUGGAAGCGGGUGUGCACGUUCUGGGUCUGGUUGCUGGAUGAGAAAUGGUGAGAAGCGAAGGGGAGGGGGGCAACACGUGUGAAUCUCACAGGCCAGAAGAGGGUGUUUGUUGAACGGGAGAUGAUCGGAAGGGGAAGGUGAGGUAAGGUAAGGUAAGGUAAGGUAUAUGAACAGCGAUAUAGGGACCAGGUUUCCCGUCGCCUGUCAGGGCACAUGUAUGCAUGGUGACGAUCACAGGUUACCUUCCCUUUUCGUGGUCUCGACGUCGAGGACGGCAGUGAGGUCAUAAAGACGGUGAUAUCUCGUCCAUAUCUGCCCGGUCACCUCCUUCUCCUUUUCAGUCCUCUAUCUCCCCAUUCUUCAUCAGGUCCAGGACUGGAGCAGACAUCAAAUCCCCAGCGAUACUGGACUGCCCAGGCUCUCACGAUGAAGUUCACCGCCGCAACCCUCCUCGCGCAAGGCGCCCUCGCGGCGGCUGCAACCUCGGGCGACUUCACCAUCCUCACCAUGAACGUGGCUGGCCUGCCCGAGGUCCUCAACCCCAAUGGCGUCCCGGGAGGCAAGGAGGCCAGCUCCAAAACGAUCGGGAGCAGGUUUGCGCAGUAUGGGUUUGAUGUUGUUCAUGUGCAGGAGGACUUCAACUACCACGCCGCCCUUUACUCCACCGACACGCACCCCUACCGCACCCCCACCUCAGGCGGCGUCCCCUUCGGCUCCGGCCUCAACACCCUCUCCAACUUUCCCUGGUUGUCCGGCUCCUUCCAGCGUCAAAAAUGGGCCAAAUCCUCAUGCGCCUCGGAAUUCGACUGCCUGACUCCCAAGGGCUUCACCUUUAUGCGCGUCGCCCUUUCCUCCUCCUCUGACGCCACCGACGUUGUCUACGUAGACUUUUACAACAUGCACACCGACGCCGGUACCGAGACGGCCGAUCUCGAAGCUCGCAACGACAAUCUCCGGCAGGUGGGCGAAUGGAUCCAGACGCACAGCCAAGGGAACGCCGUGUUGGUAUUUGGCGAUACCAACUCGCGCUAUUCACGCUCGGGAGACACGGGGAUCCGGUCCCUACUGAAGUCGGAGAACCCGACGGGGGCAGCAGGACUACAAGAUAUCUGGGUUGGACUCCAUCGAAACGGAGUUGUACCCAACGAUGCGGGCGUGUGUGGAAACCCGGCGGAGGACGCGGCUUGUGAGAUUGUGGAUAAGGUUCUUUACCGGAGUAGUCCCCUCGUACAACUCACGCCGACGGCGUUGGAGUACGCUGGUCCCAGGUUCUUGGCGGACGACGGGGUCAGUGUCUUGUCGGAUCACAAUCCCGUGCUGGUCAACUUGACUUGGUCGGCUGCCGACCGCCGGUUCCGACAGAGCGGGUUCUGGGGCGGGGCGGCGUAUGGGAAUUGGUUCAAUGAUGUGUCUGCCCUUGAUUCUACGACGGGAUCGAUCAAGGCGCAGAAGAUCACUUUCCGCGGUGAGAACCGUCUUGAUAGCGUUGGUCUUACGGUCUUAUCGUCAAGUGGCCAGGGAACCACGGAGUUGGUGCAUGGUGGACAGGGAGGGUCCGAGGUGUCGCUGACGCUGACUGAUGGGGAGUCCUGGGUCAAGUCCGAGCUGUGCCAGGGUCAGAAGAGCGACAAGACACGCAACUUUUACAUCAAGGCUACUACGUCCAAGGGAAGGACGCUGGAGGCGGGCACCAGGACAAGUGACUGCAAGGUGUUUGAGGCGGAGGAGGGGUGGCAGGUUGUGGGGUUCUUGGGGGAGAGCGGGGAUGAGGUUGAUUUGCUUGGUUUCAUCUAUAGCAAGAUCUAGAUGGUAUUGAUUCGAGUGGUCAAAGGGGAUUGGUGGUGUAGUGGGUGUGGUUGUUAAGACAGAUAGCCGGACUGAUGAUGGCCAGAGUAAAAAAAAAUAGAAAAGCUACGACUGCG